AUGUGUGUGUGUUUCCUGCAGGUGCUUGUCUGGGCUAGAGAGCGCAAUCCUGACCCGAGGAAGCCCCUGGACAUCCAUUAUGACCCUGAGUCUGUGUAGACUCUGGAACGUCCUGACGGCCUCAGCCUAGAAGAGCUCACACACUCCCCGUCAUCCAGAGCCCCGACAUGCAGAGAGGACUGCACUGCUUCUCCCACUGGCUCUCCUCCCAGCACAGACAACCCUUCAUACUGGUGGGGCCUGAGGGCUGCGGCAAGGGGUAAACACACACACAAACACACAGGAUGUUUAAUACACUUUAAUCAGAUCAUGCACACACCCCACUUACUGUUCAGGGAGAACGGUAUGACACACACUUAUGUCUCCAGGCAUGUUUUAUUUAAGGCGUGACCUUUCUUAGAAUAGCACAGCGGACUGAGGGGCAGGCAGGGGGGCAGAGACUUGUUGAAUCUACAGUCAUUACUGUCAUCCCUGGGGCACCCAGAAGAGGGAGGAAACCUCUUAUUGGCUUUUACACUCCACUUGAGCCCCCCUAUGAAACACACACUCUCACACACACAACCCUAAUCUCGCUGAAAGGUCAGGGCGCCAUGGAAACGCUUGUGUCAUCCCUGUCUGAUGAAAAAACAUCUAAUUUCCACUGCUGCCCUCAGACACACACACACACACACACACACACACACAUCCCAAUUAUCCUAUCUCAGUUUGCACCCUCACAAAAUGUCCCCCCUCGCCCUGAGCUCUGUCUCACAAACUCAGUUAAACAGACCCCUGCGGCAUCAACAUUUUUCAGAGUUAAUUCUCCUCUCCUCUCCUCUCCUCUCCUCUCCUCUCCUCUCCUCUCCUCUCCUCUCCUCUCCUCUCCUCUCCUCUCCUCUCCUCUCCUCUCCUCUCCUCUCCUCUCCUCUCCUCUCCUCUCCUCUCCUCUGUCAUCCCCUCUUCAUCCUCUGAUAUCUAACCUCUGUUAAGACUCAUGUCCUCCUUCAAUGUUAUGGUCUCUGUAUGGUCUGGCUUCUCUAUUUGCCAUUCGGCCUAUGUUCUGCUCACAGUAUGUGUGUGUUAAUGUGUGUGUGUGUUAAUGUGUGUCUCUGUGUGUUCUCCAGUAUGCUGCUGCGCUAUGGGUUCUCUCGCCUGCGUUCCACUCAGGAAGCAGUGGUCCGCUGUAGCGCCCAGACUUCGUCUCGUCACGUCCUCCAGAAGCUCAGUCAGACCUGCCUGCUUCUCAGUUCCAACACGGGCCGGGCCUACAGACCCAAAGACUGUGAGAACCUGGUCCUCUACCUCAAAGACAUCAACCUGCCCAAGCCUGACAAGUGGGGCACCAGUAACCUCAUAGCCUUCUUACAGCAGGUACACAAUACAGUACAAUAAAGUACAAUACAGUACAAUACAGUACAAUACAGUACAAUACAGUACAAUACACUACAAUACUGCCCUACCAAGCAAAAGAGCAGUAACUGCACAUUUGGUCAAAAUACAUUAAAUAUACAUUUAUACAUAAAACAUACAUUUAUACAUUAAAUGCAUGCUUUAUCAUGUGGACAAAUAUCCUGCCUCCAUUGUGUUGUGUUAUGGAGAAAAUGUGGGCUCAUGUUUGCAGUAACUGAAAAAAGUUACAGUGAAACCAAGGAAAAAGGCAGUAACUGUUUCACUGAGCUUUGGGCUGCAGUGUCUACGGUUUACCUCCGUAUUACUUAUUGUUCUUCGCACAAGUAUCAAACUAUAUGACACUGACAGCCACAUACACAUAAAUAUAUUUACAGAAGUUUGUGUUACAUUCUUUUGGCAUGGAAACUAAUUCCAGUGUUAUACUAAGCAAGAAGACAGUAACUGCCGUCUAGAGUCAAAGGUCAUGUCAGAGGUCAGGGUCAAUAUGAUUAAAAAAUAACCUCAUUGUAAGAUAACAGAUAACCGCAUCUCCAAUAAUCUGCCUACAAUUCAUUUGGCUGGACAAUAAAACAACUUUGAAGUCAUUUUUCUUAGUUUUACUCUAUUAGCAGUUACUGCUCAUUUGCUUGGUAGGGCAGAAUACACUACACUACAGUACAAUACAGUACUAUACAAUACACUACAGUACAAUACAGUACUAUACAAUACACUACAGUACAACACAGUACUAUACACUACACUACAGUACAAUACAGUACUAUACACUACACUACAGUACAAUACAGUACUAUACAAUACACUACAGUACAAUACAGUACUAUACAAUACACUACAGUACAAUACAGUACUAUACACUACACUACAGUACAAUACAGUACUAUACAAUACACUGCAGUAAAAUACAGUACUAUACAAUACACUACAGUACAAUACACUACUAUACAAUACACUACAGUACAAUACAGUACUAUACAAUACACUACAUUACAAUACAGUACUAUACAAUACAUUACAGUACAAUACAGCACUAUACAAUACACUACAGUACAAUACAGUACUAUACAAUACACUACAGUACAAUACAGUACUAUACAAUACACUACAGUACAAUACAGUACUAUACAAUACACUACAAUACACUACAGUACAAUACAGUACUAUACAAUACACUACAGUACAAUACAGUACUAUACAAUACACUACACUACAAUACAGUACUAUACACUACACUACAGUACAAUACAGUACUAUACAAUACACUACAGUACAAAACAGUACUAUACAAUACACUACAGUAUAAUACAGUACUAUACAAUACACUACAGUACAAUACAAUACAGUACUAUACAAUACACUACAGUACAAUACAGUACUAUACAAUACACUACAGUACAAUACAGUACUAUACAAUACACUACAGUACAAUACAGUACUAGACAAUACACUACAGUACAAUACAAUAAUAUACAAUACACUACAAUACACUACAGUACAAUACAGUACUAUACAAUACACUACAGUACAAUACAGUAUUAUACAAUACACUACAGUACAAUACAGUACUAUACACUACACUACAGUACAAUACAGUACUAUACAAUACACUACAGUACAAUACAGUACUAUACAAUACACUACAGUACAAUACAGUAUUAUACAAUACACUACAGUACAAUACAGUACUAUACACUACACUACAGUACAAUACAGUACUAUACAAUACACUACAGUACAAUACAGUACUAUACAAUACACUACAGUAUAAUACAGUACUAUACAAUACACUACAGUACAAUAAAGUACUAUACAAUACACUACAGUACAAUACAGUACUAUACAAUACACUACAGUACAAUACAGUACUAUACAAUACACUACAGUACAAUACAGUACUAUACACUACACUACAGUACAAUACAGUACUAUACAAUACCACUAACAGUACAAUACAGUACUAUACAAUACACUACAGUACAAUACAGUACUAUACAAUACACUACAGUACAAUAAAGUACUAUACAAUACACUACAGUACAAUACAGUACUAUACAAUACACUACAGUACAAUACAGUACUAUACAAUACACUACAGUACAAUACAGUACUAUACAAUACACUACAGUACAAUACAGUACUAUACAAUACACUACAGUACAAUACAGUACUAUACAAUACACUACAGUACAAUACAGUACUAUACAAUACACUACAAUACACUACAGUACAAUACAGUACUAUACAAUACACUACAGUACAAUACAGUACUAUACACAUACACUACAGUACAAUACAGUACUAUACAAUACACUACAGUACAAUACAGUACUAUACAUACACUACAGUACAAUACGUACUAUACAUACACUACAGUACAAUACAGUACUAUACAAUACACUACAGUACAAUACAGUACUAUACAAUACACUACAGUACAAUACAGUACUAUACAAUACACUACAGUACAAUACAGUACAAUACAAUACACUACAGUACAAUACAGUACUAUACAAACACUACAGUACAAUACAGUACUAUACAAUACACUACAGUACAAUACAGUACUAUACAAUACACUACAGUACAAUACAGUACUAUACAAUACACUACAGUACAAUACAGUACUAUACAAUACACUACAGUACAAUACAGUACUAUUAAAUACACUACAGUACUAUACAAUACACUACAGUACAAUACAGUACUAUACAAUACACUACAGUACAAUACAGUACUAUACAAUACACUACAGUACAAUACAGUACUAUACAAUACACUACAGUACAAUACAAUACAGUACUAUACAAUACACUACAGUACAAUGCGCUACUAUACAAAACACUACAGUACAAUACAGUACUAUACAAUACACUACAGUACAAUACACUACUAUACAAUACACUACAGUACAAUACACUAUAAUACACUAAAAUACACUGCAAUACACUGCAAUACACUGCAAUAAACUACAAUACAAUAUACUACAAUACACUGCAAUACACUACAAUACACUACAAUACAAUACAGUACAAUAAAUACAACACAAUACAACGCAACAUAACACAACCUCAAUCAAUGCAAUGUAACAUAACACAACACUGAAAAUACAUUAUUUAUUGAUCGAUGUGUAAGACAGAAAUGAGUCAAGCUUUCAUAACGUGACAGAGUUCUCCUCUCUCCACCUUGUGGGUUGUAGGUGCUGACGUACCAUGGGUUGUAUGAUGAGAACCUAGAGGGUGGGUCCAGAGAACUUCCAGGUGGUGGGCUGCAUGUCAGCAGGAGGCGCUGUGGGACGACACACACUCACCUCCUGCUUCACCUCCAUAGUAUGCAUCUGCACCAUAGAGUGAGUAUGGCCACACACACACACACACACACACACACACACAUUAUGUUCUUCUAUCCUCGUGGGGACAUAAAAAAAAAAUGCCAUUCAAAAUCCUAUUUUCCCUAACUUCUAACCCUUAACCCUAACCCUAACCCUAAACCUAACCCCUAAGCUUAAAAUAGCCUUUCAUGGGAAAUGUCACCACGAGGGAGAAUUUUCCUUGUUUCACUAUCGUUGUUUGGAUUUUUGGUCCCCACAAGGACAGAAGAACCCCCCCCCCCUCAAACACACACACUAACACUCACCCACUCUCUCCUCUCUAGUUAUCCAGACAGGGAGCAGCUUCAGACUAUAUACUAUGCGUACCUGCAGCCUGUUCUCCAGAGGAGCCUUGGGAGCCAGGCAGCCUGGGCCAGCACUGGGAAAACACACCAGCUAGCAGGGUCUCUGGAACAGGUGUGUGUGUGUGUGUGUGUCUGUGCUGUCUCAGAUGAGUUCAUGUGUUAUCAGACUAAAGCUUCAGCUUUAAGCUGCUCUAGUCUUUCCAAGUAGCAGCUUUAGAUUAGACUGCUCUUAUCACAGCACUUACUUACUGCCUCUUAUAUCUAAUCCUCACUCUUAGGGGGGCAAACAGAAACCACACACUAUACAGACAUUUAUUACACAGGUGGGUGUGUGUUUGCCUUUCUAACUCUCUGUUCCUCUGGUCUCAGGUGAAGGCUAAGUUCAUGGAGGAUGACCACAGCCUCUACCUGUUCACACCGUGUGUCCUCACCCAGUGGGUGCUCAGCCUGCUACGAUAUGACCUGACCGCAGGUGAGUCAACCACAACAGCACGGUCAAACCACGUGGUCAGAUCACACUUCAUACCACUGACUCUACUUCCACAGGGUUAAAACAACAGGGUUAAAUCAACUCUCUCAUAGUUCACUGGAACCUAUAGUCAGACCACAGGGUUAAAUCAACUCUCUCAUAGUUCACUGGAACCUCUAGUCAGACCACAGAGUUACAUCAACUCUCUCAUAGUCCACUGGAACCUCUAGUCAGACCACAGGGUUAAAUCAACUCUCUCAUAGUCCACUGGAACCUCUAGUCAGACCACAGAGUUAAAUCAACUCUCUCAUAGUCCACUGGAACCUCUAGUCAGACCACAGGGUUCAAGCAACUCUCUCAUAGUCCACUGGAACCUCUAGUCAGACCACAGGGUUCAAGCAACUCUCUCAUAGUCCACUGGAACCUCUAGUCAGACCACAGGGUUAAAUCAACUCUCAUAGUCCACUGGAACCUCUAGUCAGACCACAGCGUUAAAUCAACUCUCUCAUAGUCCACUGGAACCUCUACAGGGUUAAAUCACACGAUCAGACCACAAUCAGCACACCAAGGUUUGCCAAAAUAGGGGUCGCGACCCCACGUGGAAAUGGGGUCGUGAGAUAAAAUGUAUGCUUGGUUCAUAGAACCAGGGUUACGUCAGUAACCUCCUGUAGCUGCUACAUGCGGUUGUAAUAAACAGAGCGGUGUCUGUUUUCUUCCUACAAAUGUGUCUUUAUCUUUUUAAUGGUUUAAGCUACACAAUAUUAUGACCCCAUCACUGAAAGAUAAGACUCUCAGGAACACGUAUGUACGCCCUGUUUCCCUCUACUAUGCCCACAAGACAUUAGAGCUGAGUGGACAAGAGCUCUAAAUCAAACGGGGGGAAAAGAUCAUCAUCAAGGAUGAUGUUAGUUUUCUACACAGAAAAUUGUACAACAUUAUUGCCUGAUGAUCUUCUGAACUUCCCAAUACCUUUCUGAUGUAUUUCAGUCACUUCAAACCUUACUGUCUUCAUAUUUACAGUCAGACUGAUUUGUAAUAGACUGUCGUAACCCCAAGUAAAAAAGUUAAAAUUGGCCGUUUAUUACAUAACCUUUUUUCAUGGGGGGGGUCAAAAAAAGUUGUUGGCCAAACAAGUUUAGGAACCCUUGCACUACACCAUCUUUUUUGGGACCCAUUUUGACAUGGCGAUGUCACCAAAAAGUAAAAAAUAAAUGUCUGCAAUACUUAGUUCUGCUAAUUGCAUGGGUUUUCUCUCUUGUUGCCGACUUCUCAUUGAAAACAUCUAAUUAUUUCGUAACUGUCUUAACUUAUAUUGUACUGGCCUUUGAUUCUAGCUGCUGUUGGAUAUUUCUGAAUAUCCUCUGAAAGUCAGUAGUUCUCUCCCUCUCCCUGCCUCCUGCAUUAACCAUCACUUUCUUCCUCUCUUUCUCUCCCCUGUUCUGCUCCCUCUGUCACCCGUCUGUCUCUCUCUCUCUUUCAUCAUCCCCUUCUCUCUGUCCUCCUUCAUCUCUCCCUCUGUCACUCUCUCCCUCCCUCCUGCAAUGUGUUCGUCCUGUGAUAGGGAGUCCAAUCAGUCAUUUUAAUUAAAAGCGUUUGCUGACAUUUAUUUUUAUUUUUUAUACGACUCAUCGUUUUUUACUCUCCCUCCCUGCUGCUGUUUACCUUUUCUACACGGUAUGUCACAACUCACUCUCUCAUCACUUCAACUCUCUUCUCUGGUGUGUGAGUGUGCACUCUGAGCUGUCUUGAUCUUGAUGCUGCGUGUCUUUUUGCAGUAUGUUAUAAUGUAGUAGUGAACACUGAGUGUACAAAACAUUAAGAACACCUGCUCUUUCCAUGACAGAGACUGACCAGGUGAAUCCUGGUGAAAGCUAUGAUCCCUUACUGAUGUCACUUGUUAAAUCCACUUCAACCAGUGUAGAUGAAGGGGAGGAGACAGGUUAAAGAAGGAUCUUUAAGCCUUGAGACAAUUGAGAUUGUGUAUAUAUGCCAUUCAGAGGGUGAAUGGGCAAGACACAAUAUUUAAGUGCGUUUGAACGGGGUAUGGUAGUAGAUGCCAGGUGCACCGGUUUGUGUCAAGAACUGCAAUGCUGCUGUUUUCUUUUUUACACUCAACAGUUUCCUGUGUGUAUCAAAAAUGGUCCACCACCCAAAGGACAUCCAGCCAACUUGACACAACUGUGGGAAACAUUGGAGUCAACAUGGGCCAGCAUCCCUAUGGAAUCCUUUCAACACCUUGAAUUGAGGCUGUUCUGAGGGCAAAAAGGGGUGGGGGGGUGGGGUGCAACUCAAUAUUAGGAAGGUGUUCUUAAUGUUUUGUACACUCAACGUCAAUAUUAGGAAGGUGCUCUUAAUGUUUUGUACACUCAACGUAUGUGUGUGUAUUUACCCUUUAAUCAGUGUAUUAACCCUCCUCUCUGUGUCUGUAAGGAACUAAUAUAACAGACUCAGUGUUGGAGGUGGUAGCCUAUGAGGCCAGGAGGCUGUUCAGAGACCGACUGAUCUCCUCGAAAGACAUCCAUUCCUUUGACAACACCCUCUCCUCCGUCAUAUGA